GAUCAAGCUAUCUAAUAUCUACUAUAGGUACCUAUCUAGUAAUUUCUAUUGGGCCUUUCCCGGCCAUGAUAGUCUCAAACAAACAGUAUGGCUUGACAUCUAUCUGACCCCCUUCCUUACAUAAACCAAGCCCACUCUUGAUAGAACAACUCCGAAAUAUAAACUCAUUCUUAUCUCAUCUCAUCUCUCCUCCAACACUUGUUUAAUAGAAAAUGGCAACUCAAGAAAAGGCUCAAGAUCUCUGGGAACUAUCAGAACAAAAAUGCUAUGUCGCUCUGACUCACGAUCAUCUCAAUGCCCAGGCCAUCAUGGACCGGGUGCGCAGCCCCUCAGCUGGCGCAAUCGUGCUAUUUGCAGGUACCACUCGUGAUAACUUUGCAGGAAAGCCAGUGAAGGAACUACAAUACACAGCUUAUCACCCCAGAGCUCUCAAGUCCAUGAUGGCCAUUGCAAAGGACGUUCGCGAUAAGCAUGGUCUCCGCGGGGUAGCCAUGAUCCAUCGCCUCGGACCUGUACCUAUCGCAGAAGAGAGCAUACUAAUCGCCGUCUCGUCACCUCAUCGACAAGCGGCGUGGCGAGCUGGUGAAGAGGCGUUGGAAGAAUGCAAAUCCAAAGUUGAGGUUUGGAAACGUGAGGAGUUUGAAGGUGAGGGGGGGAUAUGGAGAGCAAACCGAGAUGGAGCUAUCGGACAGCGUGAAGAAAGCUGAUGCCAUUUCACGCAGAUUGGAAAUAAAAGGGAUAUUUAGGUAAUUCAUAUUCUUUUCUUAAGAUCAUCAAUAUUUAGACGCUACUAUUCUGUCUUGCAGGCAUGACGGAUCCCCUGGCCUCUAAACCACCAACGCUACCAUGCUCCGGGCGUCCCGCUAUCGCCAAACCUGAUUCCAAUAAUACACAGAAAACAUAUUUUUGACUCUAGAAACAUCAAGACUCUAUCUUUGGCGUUUCCUUCUCGUAGGCAGGCGGAGGUUCUCGUAUGAGCUCAAUGGGACAUCGGGGAGGGUAUUUGAUUCCGUGCGCU